AUGCUGAGCAAACUUGCUCUACUAACAUUGGCUGUGCCUACUCUCGCCGCCAUUCACGAACAGCUUUCAAGAUUGCCAUACGGAUGGAAGGAAAGCUCGCAAUCGGUUCCCGACAACAGUACCAUCCACCUGCAAAUUGCUUUGUCGUACUCAAACCUCGAUCAGCUCGAAUCUAGAUUGAAGGAGAUUUCUGAUCCUGGAAGUUCGCAAUAUGGCCAAUAUCUCGACCUCGAAGACAUCAACAAACUAUUUGCCCCAUCGAAAGAGUCUGCUGAAGUUGUAACGAACUGGCUCAAGAACAAUGGCGCAACAUCCAUCACCUCAGACGGGCAUACAGUUUGCUUUGAGACCACGAUCGAAUUAGCGAACAAAAUGCUUUCUGCCAACUUCCAGCUCUAUACGGACGAUUUCGAGGACAAAUUGCGUACUUCACAAUACUCCCUGCCGGACGAUCUGAUUCCAUAUAUUGACUUCGUUUCUCCAACGACUUAUUUCGGCAGUCCCAAAGCCCACGGCAUCAGAUACCGCGAGGUACCACCGAUUUAUGACGAUGCAUGGCAAGAGUCUUGCACGAGAACUUUCACAAUACAAACUCGUGAUCGUGAGAUGCUCUCUGUCGAUUUAUUGACUCUGAGUUGCCUGCGAAAGCACUACAACAUUGGCGACUACCAAGCUGAUCCCCAUUCCGGAAGCAACGUCGGCUUUGGAAACUUUCUCAACCAGUCCGCAAGCUACUCAGAUCUGGAACAAUUCGAGAACCUCUUCAACAUUCCCUCUCAGAACUUUACAGUGACCCUACUUAACGGUGCUAUCGACAACCAGGAUCCAGAAGUCGCGAUCCCGCAUGAGGCAAACUUGGAUCUUCAGAGCAUCGUGAGUCUGAUAGACGGCCUCCCCAUCGAAUCGUACAACGUUCGUGGCCUGGCGCCUUUCGUUCCGGAUCUUCUGUUUCCGAAUAUCUCCAGCAACACGAACGAGCCGUUUCUCCAGCUGUACACGCAUCUUCUGUCACUGCCUAACUCCGAACUGCCCUGGGUCAUCACAAACAGCUAUGGUGAUCACGAGAAUACUGUCCCCCAGUACUACGCUAAGCGUAUUUGCAACAUGAUUGGCAUGCUGGGUUUACGGGGACGCACUGUCCUCCACUCUACUGGAGACGAGGGUGUUGGUGCAGUAUGCCUCGCGAACGGAAUAUAUGGAGCUGCAGAAUUCACCCCGCAGUUUCCUCCCACUUGCCCAUAUGUUACCGCCGUGGGUGGCACGAACUUCUUCGAGAAUGUAGAAGCUUGGAACUCUAGUGGCGGCGGUUUCAGUGACUACUUUCCAACACCUUGGUACCAGAAAGAUGCCAUACAAACAUACCUUGACGAGCACAUCAGCUCCGAGGCUAAGAGCUAUUACUCUUGGAACAAAUACGCCAAUUUCGCCGGUCGUGGGAUUCCGGAUGUCUCAGGCCAUAGCUUUUUCCCACUCUUUCCUGUCGUCCUCAACGGUACAAUCAAUCCAGGCGGGGGAACUUCUGCCGCUGUCCCUCAAGUAGCCGCCAUCUUUGCCCUCUUGAACGACGCUCGCUUUCGGGCUGGCCAACCUGCAAUCGGGUUUGCGAAUCCAUGGCUAUACGCCAACGCUAGAAAUAGCCUUGUCGAUGUCAUUCAUGGCGGCUCCGUGGGCUGCAGUGGCACGAAUAUGCAAACGAAUAAGCCGAUCCCUGGAGCAGGAAUUAUUCCCUAUGCGAGCUGGAUUGCUACUGUUGGUUGGGAUCCGGUAAGCAGACGCACGUUUUAUUGUUCAAGUUGAUUGUUCUUCGAGUUGGUCAGAAGGCUUGCGGUCGGCAGUGUUUCGGUUGAGAAUGAUUCAAUAGGCGGGACAGAUUGUUGAAACAGAUCGUCUAACGAGUGGUCUAGGUGACCGGGCUUGGGUAUCCCGACUUCCAGAAGAUGAAAAACAUUGCAUUGAGUCGGUAGAUCUGGAGCAAUGAUACUUCCAAAGGAUCGUGUUCCCUGCUUGCCAGCAAAAGUGCUUCGUUCACCAGGUAUCCGUUCGGAAAUGGGCCGAGUCGACUGCCACGACGGCUUCGAGAUUGCAGGUAUCUUCGAGAGCUGAUAAAACGGUCG